AUGAUUAUAUUCAACAGCAACUGUACGAUUCCCCGUGGCGUUGUACCUUUUGUUGCCGCUCCAUAUAUUCGAGGAACUCUCGAUAUUAUAUGGGGUUGUUGCAGCAUCCUGCUGAUCUGCACAUGGUCGAUUCUACACAUGAACUUGCCUUUACAGUCCACUUUAAGCCCAAACAGCAGGAAGCAAAAAUACCGGCGCGCUUCACUCAGACUCUUGACCAAAGCAAAAUGGAUGCUUCUUAACAUUCUCGCUCCAGAGUGGCCGCUGGGCAAAGCUUGGAGCGACAGCAUGUCUGUGAAACUUGUCAAAGACAGGUUUGAAAAGUUGAGAAAAGAGGACAAAGUUCCGUGGAGUACCACGCACAUCUACUUUGCCAACAUGGGAGGUUUCGGCAUCAAAUUUUCCCCUGCAAACGCCGACUCAAAUACGGAAUCGGGCGACCUCUGGAUCUUGGACGCCAAUCAGCUACUCUUGGCCCGGGAAAUUGGCAUUAUCGACAGACUUCCGGCUGUGACUGAAGACGAUCUGGGCGACCGCAACAAGGGCGACGCGUUCGUGAAGAUGGUAGCGCUGGUUCAGAUCGGCUGGUUUCUCUUCAAUCUCAUCACACGCCUGUAUCAACGCCUUCCCACAUCACAACUCGAAAUCAUGACACUUUCCUUUGCCAUCUGCUCCGGCAUCACAUACAUGCUGCUGAUCCAUAAGCCAAAAGACGUCAGCUACACAAUUACCAUGCCCGCCUCACGCUAUCCCGAAGCUUCUGAGCUGAUCCGUCUGGCCUUGUUAGGUCCAUUCACGAUGGGGCCACUCAGGCGCACCGUCUGGAUUCCAAACAACGCCGUACACAUUGACCACCGUGGCAAGUUGUCAACGAGAGCAAGCCGCGCAAAUCUACUCUCUGCUUCAGCAUUUGCCCUAGUCGUGUUUGGGUGCACCCAUUGCAUAGCCUGGAACUUUGCAUUCCCCACCGAAGCCGAGCAGAUGUUGUGGAGAGUCAGCUCCAUCCUCACUGCAUCCGCCAUCCCAACUCUGUCUGCGGUCAAUUAUCUGGUAGCUAGAUUAAUAAAUACAUUGAGGCCAAAUUCAGAAGGGAUCAGGGCCAGGAUUCCUUGUGAACUAUGGGUUCAAUGGAUCUUGGGUGGUGGAAUUGGGGUAGCUUUCCUAGCCGCACGGGCUUUCAUCAUAUUUGAAGUCUUUCGGUGUUUAGCUUUCCAGCAGCCAGAGACAUUUCUGACAAGCUGGCCAGCCAAUAUCCCUCAUGUCAGCUAG